GCGCCGGGUGCCCUUAUCCAAUCAUGCCUGGAAUGCUGCUUGUCACUUGGGCUAUUUCUGCUGUCUGUCGCUAUUGCUAGACUGUCCAGUGCUAACAGUUUGGCAGAUUUCAUCUCUUUUUGUUGUUGUUGUUUGUUUCCGUCUUGUUUCUACCUCUCGCUUUCUUUUUCCUCUCUGUCUCUCUCAUCCCCCUUUUUGCCUGGAGUUUGUAGCUUGGAGUUUCCCUGGCACUGCCUCUCUUGUUAUUGUGCUGACUCGCUGCUCCUCUUUCCUCCAGCUCUGCUGUUCACUGUGGGAGGGAGCGAGAGAAAAAAAGAUAGAGGGAGGGAGGGGAGAAAGGGGAUCAGCCAGUUGAGAAGUGGGCGCCUGGAUCAGACACUGAGACAGAGCAGGAGGUGAACAUGUCUCACCGGCUGCGUCUGUACUUUGGCUCUGGCCGCAGCAACACAGCUCCAGAAAUGGAGGAGCUGGAAGGGCCGUCCCAGGCCCAGACCCAGACCCAGGACGGCAACGAUGUCGCCAUGACAUUCCACAUGCAGCAGCCUCACCGGCCUCAGCGCUGGAGCAGCCCAGAAUCAACUACCUUCUCCUGGUGUCCUGAGAGAGAUCUGCCUAUGAGUGCCUUCUCUGUGCCUUGGCAACGGCCUGAGAGAGGGAUCUACUUUGGGCCUCGUCCUGUGUCUGAGAGCCCCCUGGCUGGUCAUGGAGGUCCUGGAGACUCUUCACUCAAACGAAGCUCCUCCAUGUUUAUACCCCAGCUGACUUCUGCCGAGCCACGGCCCACAAAGAGUUCCUCUAUGCAGAUCUCUCUCCAACGGUCCUCCGGUCCUGGGCCUGUUGGAGCUGAAGAGCCACCGCCAUGUCCGCCACCCAGCUACACCCCGGGACCUGCUCCGGCCUACACAGAACCAGACAGGAACUACCACUACGCUCUACCACCACCACCUCACUACUGCCGAGAGGCUUCAUCUACGGUCAGUUCACCACCACCUCACUACAGCCGAGACGCUUCAUCUACUGUCAGUUCACCACCUCACUACAGCCGAGACGCUUCAUCUACAGUCAGUUCACCACCUCACUACAGCCGAGACGCUUCAUCUACAGUCAGUUCACCACCUCACUACAUCCGAGAGGCUUCAGGGAGCUACAGUUCUGCCAUGCUUCAUAAUGGGAAUCGACAGCCCACAGAGCCGGCUCAACCCAAGCGAAGGGUUUUCUGCGUCACACCCCAAGAUGGCUCAAACUCAAGUGGUCAGGUCAGCUCAGCUAUGUCUAACGGAAAUGGAGGCUCACCGGGAAUCAGCAUCGGAGGCUUCCACAUCUCAAGGAACUCCUCAGAUGGAUCUGAAGUCCAGCAGUUCAGGAUCGGCUAUGGCUCUGGCAAUCAAGGAGCUGGGCCCUGCCGCUGGUCCGUCCAGCAGCAGAACUCUGACCCGGGCCAACCUGGCACCACUCAAAGGCGGCUUGUGUUCCAGCUUGGACAGCAGGACCAAGCCAGACAGGCCAACAAUAUGAACCUUGUGGCCACUAGUGAGCCCACCGAUCUGGGUUUCACUGGCUCCAAGGGAGGGCGUGUGGUACGUUACCCCAAGAUCCGUCUGGAGAGAAGCUCUUCGCAUCAGCGGCCGCCCCGUGGGAACCACCAGGCAUUCAGUGAUGUUGGGGAUCCUCAGGGCAUUGAAGGAAACCCUUCAGAGAUGGACGGUCAAAGUAUGGAUAUUGAAGAUGGCUGUACUUUCAACAUCAGGAGAGAACCCCGCAAGCAGCAGCCUCACUUCAAGAUUUCUUUCAGUCAGAAUGGUGAUCCCCCUACCGUACAGGAUAUAAGCCUGGGAAAUGGUCAGACGAGGGACGAUUUCCUGGGACAGGUCGAUGUGCCUCUCAAUCAUUUACCGACCGAGGACCCUACGAUGGAGCGGCCGUACACGUUUAAAGAUUUCCUCCUACGGCCACGAAGGUCAGUUCCAGACUACCGACGAAGCCACAAGUCCCGGGUGAAGGGUUAUCUACGGCUAAAGAUGGCCUACCUGCCGAAGACUGGAAGUCCGGAGGAAGAGACCACUGAAGGGAUUACCAGGGAGGAGGCAGAGGGCUGGGAGGUGAACGACUCUGCCGAUCCCAGCGUCCAGAGGCCCCAGGCUGUCCAGCCCCCACUGCCCCCAGGAUGGGAGGAGAAGGUUGAUAACCUGGGCAGAACCUACUACGUCAACCACAACAACCGCUAUACACAGUGGAAACGACCCAGUAACGUGGAUGAUGUUUCGGAGGUGGAGAAUGACAAUCAGCAACGGGCGAACAGCAUCCAAGCCCACCGGGUUUUCAGGUCUAGACGACACAUCUCUGAAGACCUGGAGAACGAACACACAGAACCCAGAGACAUGGAAGAUUCGUGGGAGCCAAUCACUGAAGAGAGUCCAGACGGCCCCCUACCUGGCCCCUCCUCCUCAAUGGCGACGGCCAUCCCCCAAACGCCUGCCCCCCCACCCCUCCAGGAGUUCUCAGAGGAGAUCAACCUGCACCUCUCUCUCUCUCCAACCCCAUCCGGCCCCCCGCCUGACAUCAACGGAGAGGUGGCCGCCCCCAGCCACGCCUCUGCUGUGCAGAGCCAUCUGACCUCCAGGCUGCGCUCCUCCAGUAUGACAGAUGGGGUCAGUGACCAGGCCCAGCCUCCUCCUCCAGCGAGCUCCCAGACCAGAAGAACCAGAGCUCUAACAGUCACUGGAGUUGAGGAGCCCAUGUCUCAGUCGUCAGCCUAUGCCCUGACCACACCAGGCCUACCUCCAGGAUGGGAGGAGAGGAAGGACGCCAAGGGACGCACGUAUUACGUCAAUCAUAACAACCGCUGCACCACCUGGACCAAGCCUAUCCUCCAGCACACUGAAGACGAAGCGAGUACCUCUGACUCCGGGGCUGCAGCUGAAGCCGCCUCCACCUCUUCCUCAGCCAACAACAAUAGUCAUCUGAUUGAACCGCAAAUACGCCGCGCCCGUAGUCUCAGUUCCCCUACCGUUACCCUGUCCUCCCCCUUAGAGGGGGCGGCCAACAACAUAGCUGUGCGUCGGGCGGUGAAGGACACUCUCUCCAACCCCCAGUCCCCCCAGCCCUCCCCCUACAGCUCCCCAAAAUCAGGACAUCAGUCCCAGCAGAGCUUCCUGCCCCCGGGGUGGGAGAUGAGGAUAGCACCCAACGGAAGACCCUUCUUCAUUGACCACAACAGCAGGCUCACCACAUGGGAGGACCCGAGGUUGAAGUAUCCAGUCCACAUGAGAACAAAAGCCUCUCUGGACCCUGGUGACCUGGGGCCUCUUCCUCCUGGCUGGGAGGAACGCGUGCAUGCAGAUGGCAGGACCUUCUACAUUGACCACAACCAUCUCUCUUCCUCAAACGACACCAAAGCCACUCAAUGGGAGGAUCCUCGUCUACAGAGUCCUGCUAUCACAGGGCCUGCUGUGCCAUACUCUAGAGAAUUCAAACAGAAAUACGAUUACUUCAGAAAGAAGUUGAAGAAACCGGCGGACAUCCCUAACAGGUUUGAGAUGAAGCUGCACAGGACCAACAUCUUUGAGGAGUCGUAUCGCCGUAUCAUGUCUCUGAAGAGACCAGAUAUCCUGAAGGCCCGCCUCUGGAUCGAGUUUGAGUCAGAGAAGGGGCUGGACUACGGAGGUGUGGCCAGGGAGUGGUUCUUCCUGUUGUCUAAGGAGAUGUUCAACCCUUACUAUGGACUCUUCGAAUACUCAGCCACAGAUAACUACACACUACAGAUCAACCCUAACUCUGGGCUGUGUAACGAGGACCACCUCUCAUACUUCAAGUUCAUUGGUCGAGUGGCAGGGAUGGCCGUGUUCCAUGGGAAGCUAUUGGACGGCUUCUUCAUCCGACCAUUCUACAAGAUGAUGCUCGGGAAGCAGAUCACACUGAAAGACAUGGAAUCAGUGGACAGUGAAUACUACAACUCUCUGAAGUGGAUCCUGGAGAAUGAUCCUACUGAGCUGGACCUGCGGUUCUGUAUCGAUGAGGAUAACUUUGGACAGACGUAUCAGGUGGAUCUGAAGCCCAGUGGUGGGGACAUGGUGGUGACCAACCACAACAAAAUGGAAUACAUCGAUCUUGUCAUUCAGUGGAGGUUUGUGAACCGGGUCCAGAAACAGAUGAAUGCCUUCUUGGAGGGAUUCACUGAACUCACUCUCAUCGACCUCAUCAAGAUAUUUGAUGAAAACGAGCUUGAGCUGUUGAUGUGUGGUCUGGGUGACGUGGAUGUGAAUGACUGGCGACAACACACCGUCUACAAGAACGGUUACUGCCCCAACCACCCAGUUAUACAGUGGUUCUGGAAGGCUGUCCUGCUGAUGGAUGCUGAGAAGAGGAUCCGUCUGCUUCAGUUUGUCACCGGGACAUCCAGAGUCCCUAUGAACGGCUUCGCUGAGCUCUAUGGUUCCAAUGGGCCUCAGCUGUUCACCAUUGAGCAGUGGGGAACGCCUGAUAAGCUGCCCAGAGCACACACCUGCUUCAACAGGCUGGACCUGCCUACCUACGAGUCGUUUGAUGACCUCCGAGAGAGGCUGCUGAUGGCUGUGGAGAACGCUCAGGGCUUUGAGGGCGUCGAUUAAACUAACGUCAGCCAUCUUGGUUGAAUACCACUACAGAGACGACACACCACCACAGGACAGAACGUUUAAAAAACAACUGCCACAGAACGUUUUAAAAACAAAACAACUAACUGUCAUUUUACAGCUGCAGACCGUGGCCGUAACAGGGUCUACCUGCAAGCAUGUUAUAUGCACAGGAUCAACCACCGAGGUUACUCUGAGACUGUAGUGAAUGUGACAGAGACAACGAGCCAUGUCUGUCUUCUCCUAUGUCAAGGUGCUGGGAAACAUGGCCACUACAGUGCAGCCCAUGCAAAACACUGCACCCCUGUCUGAAAUCUGCAGUGCUGGAAUCUCUGAUGCUUUUCAAUAUGAAUAUCUCUCCUGUUGUAUUUGACACCCACCAUCCCUGUGACUCUGCUGUGCUGUGGAGUGCAUAGCCUUAACCUGCUGGUUACUGCAUUCUGUAUGAAAUGAAUCAAAUUACUACUCCUCUCUCCAAGUUAACAUGCUGGAUCCUGCAUUGUGUGUAUAUAUAAUCACUGAUCGAUUGGAAUCCUGCAUUGAUCAAUCACUACUUAACUCUUCUCCAGGUUACCUUACUACUACAGCACCACACCACCAGAUAACCUUAGGAAUGCUAACCAAUCACAGAUUCACUAAUGAGGAUAUAAGCCGUGUCGCUCUCACUGUUCGACUACUAUGCCUGCCUGGUCCCACCUCCCUCCCUUUCUCUCUCUCCCCCCUCCCUCCCUUUCUCUCUCUCCCCCCCUCCCUCCCUUUCUCUCUCUCCCCCCUCCCUCCCUUUCUCU